AUACAUACAUACAUACAUACACGCUAACACAUACACCUCUACGAAAAUCUCGCGAAUCUACAUUCCAGUCGGAUUUUUUUCUUCACAGCGUGAGCGAUAUAUACACGGAUGUACUCGUAAUGGCGACUUCCACUCCGUUCUCUUCACAGCAUUCGCCGAAUCUCCUUCAAUUGCCGCUCCACUCUCCCCAAUUUCGCCUAAUUUUGGCCGGAAUUUCGCUUUCGCGAUCGAAAUGUGACUUAUCGCGCAAACUGUUAUUGUUUCAGCAGCAGAGGAGCUGGGAUCCCCUGCGGCCCGUCGCAGCCAAGGAAGUUGGGAUCAGGUGUUUUCCGGAACCAGCGGAGGAGAGUGACAGAGCUGGGGAAGUUAUCUUAGAUAAAAUUGUGGAUGACGUGGCAGGGAAUAGCGUCACGGUUGAGGAGGCGAUUGGUCAGGAUUUCUCCAAUGGUUCUCAGAGAAUUCCAGCCUCCGGUGAUUCUCUCUCGCUUGGGAUUCGGGAACCUGUCUAUGAGGUUGUGGAAGUAAGAUCUAAUGCGAUGGUAUCAACAAGGAAAAUUAAUCGAAGACACUUGCUAAAAUCGAGCGGUCUCCGACCUCGAGAUAUUAGAAGCGUUGAUCCAUCAUUGUGGUUAACCAACUCAAUGCCUUCGUUGCUGGUACGUGAGUAUGCAAUUUUGCUGAAUUUGGGUUCUUUACGGGCAAUUGCAAUGCAAGAGCGUGUUCUUAUAUUCAACUAUAACCGUAAAGGGGGAAAAGCUUUUAUAGAUACAUUGUUACCCCGAUUAAAUCCAAAGAACAUGAAUGGAGGGCCCUCGAUGCCAUUUGUUCUUGAGGUGGUCGAGGCGGCACUACAUUCCCGAAUACAACGUCUGGAGAAGCUGUUAAUGGGUUUGGAACCACGGGUGCAAGGUUUACUUGAGGUUCUUCCUAAUCGAUUGACCGCCGAUGUAUUGGAAGAACUUCGAAUUAGCAAGCAGCAAUUGGUUGAAUUGGGCUCAAAGGCUGGGGCUCUUAAACAAAUGCUGCUUGAUAUUCUUGAGGACACUCAUGAAAUACGACAGAUUUGUAUUAUGGGAAGAAAUUGCACUCUUGCAAAAAACGAUGAGAUGGAAUGCCCUGUUCCCUUGGAGAAGGAGACAGCUGAUGAGGAAGAGGAAGAAAUUGAAAUGCUUUUGGAAAACUAUCUCCAAAGAUGUGAAUCUUGUCAUGGUCAAUCAGAGAGGCUACUCGAUUCAGCAAGAGAAAUGGAAGAUUCAAUUGCUGUUAACCUCAGCUCCAGGAGGCUUGAAGUAAGUAGAGUGGAACUUCUACUUCAGGUCGGAGCACUUUGUGUUGGAGUGGGUGCCUUAAUUGCAGGUAUAUUUGGCAUGAACUUGAGGUCAUAUCUUGAGGAACAAGUGUUUGCCUUUUGGAUCACAACGGGAGGAAUUUUUUUUGGCGCUGUGGUCGGGUUUUUUCUCAUGUACUUAUACCUCAGGAAAAAGAAAAUUCUAUGAGCAUCGACCAGACACUUCAAUACGUAAGCAAAUACCCUCUUCAACUCUUGCUACUUUUCGUUCGAUAUUUCACAGAAGGCUAUGGAUGUAUAGAUCUAUAUCUUUAUUGGAGGAGUCCAUGGAUCUGUCACAUGAGAAACAUACAUACGUCCGCAGAUGAACGGAUAAAAUCGUAACUUUGAAAAGCUAUUUAGCGGUUAAGAAAUAUGAGAAGCACACCCGUAUGUCCUCCACCUAUAUGAAGGUUAAGGGCAUAAUCCAGUGUGCUUGCAAGAUUCCUUUUCAAUUAUUAACAAGGUAGGCGUAGCAUUUAGGUGGCUUCCUUUGUAUCAGGGAGGUUUUCUUCAUAAAGUUAAAAAUGAGUUGCAUUACAUGAUGAAUCUGCUGUUGUUUCCCAUAUCAUAAAAUCUCAACAAGGGGCUUUUAAUUGUUAUUAAUCAUUACUUAAGUC